AUGACCGUGAACAAACAACUGGACAAAGGCGAAACAUCUUCGAAGCAUUAUUUUCCUACGUUAAAAGGGGUGUGUAAACGUGCUUAACUUACUUUCCCUUGACAUAUUCGCCAGUCUAACCGGUCAAGGUCAGCAAACUCCUCAGGGAGUUAUUGGGAGCAUAAGCUGCCAUGGCGGCUUUCCCCAGACGUACUCGAGACGCGGGAUUACAUAAUUUGGUCUAUAGCCCAUCUGCGAGUCUGCCUGUUACUGUUUUAUACUGAAAACGUGUUGCUUCGAUCGGCGCUCCCGCUGUCGAAAACCCGAUUAGUCGAUCGUUGUCAAGUUUCUACGUAUUGCAGAUAUGCGGUCCAAGAUUUCCUUGCCACUGGUCGAAUCGUACGUUGUCUUCGCACGCAUUUGGCGAUCAAGUGGUCAAGUUGGGGUUAACGACAUGUCCCGCUCGCCGUUUAUCAAACAUUCCACUUCUCCGUUGCCUUAAGGCAGAUUCUAUAAUUAUAGAAGCUGCGUUUUACUCGCAUUCCAUUAGGAUGAAUUUUCUGAAACAUUUUUAGCUGUCGUUAGCCAGACUCCUGUCCCUAUGUUCCCCAGGUUCUGUGGGAAGUCCAUUGUAUCUGUUAUUGCUGACGAUCUGUGUAGCAGAUUUCACCUGCUCGAGCUGCGAAGAUCGGAUACUGAGGGCCAAAGAGUCAUGAUCAAAUCUUGACGGACUGUGUUGAGCUAGGUUUGGGCUUAUUACCUCUUUCUCAUUUCCACUGGGUGGAAGGGAAUGUUGAAUUUUGAGCAGCAAUACGAGUACAGAUUUCCUGUCUUAAAUCCUGCUACCGCCUCUCUGGAUGCAGAAAAGAGGUCGAAAGGGAGUGUAUACUUCACCUGAAAGAUCGUCCUCAGGCACCGUUGGUCGAAAUGUUUCUUUCUUAACCCAUGGUUGGUUUUCAUAUCCAACAUCCACAGCUGUGGAAAGAUGCUGCCGAUGUCCAGUACACUCAGUCCCUCGUGAUCAUUGGAAUGUCAUGAGGGUCCGCAUCUUCUUAAAGCUGGUGAAAACUCCAAGAUUCGAAUGGUUAUGUCGCUUGUCCGUUUGGCAGCAAUCUGAAACCCAGCAUGUUUGUUUGUUUGUAACUUGAUCCCGGAUAUUUAAGGCAGGCAAUCUCUUCAAGCUGUCCGUUGUUAAUCAGCCGUGACUUGUCCUGGUCAGAUGUGCAGGCGGAGGAUCGUCCACCUCUUAUCAUGCUGGUGGAUAAACCAACCAAUAAGGCCACCUCAUCCAUCCGAGACACGGUAUGCUAUAAGUCAGCGCAGCCUGACGCUCGCGGAAGCAUGUCUCCAACGUGGUCGACUUCCGUCCGUCAAAAUUGCCUACAACCUUGAGGAUGUCAUUCAGUAACGUAGAUAAAUAUUAUAGACAACAAACUUCACCCUUGUCUAACGCCUGACAAAACAUCUGACGGUUAUGAGGGGUUAUUUUUCACAAUAAUACAGACAACUGCGACAGUGUUUGCACUUGUCACUAGCGAUAAUUCCCUCCGGUGGCUUUUCCAACUUUGUAACAUCUUAUAGAAACUCACUGCUAACGAAUUAGAUGGCGGUAGUAAAGUCGGCGAUCGCUUUCUGUUAGCCAUGGCACGAUUAUGGGGCGCGCCGUAAUGCACCUCGAACCUCAGUCCUAUUAAGUCUUGCCUCUGACUACGUUUGCAUUAGCUCCGCUUGAAAACAAUAGUCGCGUGGGCCAUUGUAACUACGUCAUUCCCGAGCGCUGUGUUACGCAGUGUGGGUACUUUAUUCUUUGCGUGUCUGGUCAUGAGACACUGCAUAGAGGCCGGGAAAAGAUAAAACGCCUCUGCCGAGGAGAGAGAACAAAGGACAGAUAGGUUGGCCAUCCAUACAGAGUGUCCUGAAAGCGCUCGUCCUGGUCCCCAGCCCUGACCGAAUUGUCAGCACUAAAGUAGCCAUCCACAUCGCGAACUGAGUCACUCGGUACGAGGGGCAUACCUCGGACUUUAAGGACUACGUCGGUUAGGACUGUUAAGCGUUUGCACAAACGAUUUUUCGUUCAAUCUGUUUGAUAGGUCAAUCGCCACACCGUAUGUACCCGAAGCGCGCGCUAUCGUCCAUGUCAGAAAAAGAUGUAAAGCGGACCUGAGGGGCUUUGAUUUACCGAGAGUUAGAAUGAAAAUCCGAAAUUCUGACAGGCUACAGAAAAUAAUGCCAAUGAAGGUUGCAUAACGCAACGUUCAUGUUUUAUAACAUUGGAUACAAAACUUUCGCCCUGCACUGGGCGGCACCACAUGUUUACCGUCCUCCUGCACUAGUAAGCCAGGGUUGUGGAGCGUGUUGGUUGCCGCCGACUCCAUGACACAAAUCGGGCAUGUGUCACUUAGGUAAUCAAGAAUUUCCGACAAAUGUAUGUUACCGACAGUCUUCGGUUCGCCCGUUAGAGGUUGCAUCCGCAAGUACUCCGGCUCUUUAAAACUAAAACGCAAGGAGUGGUGACGAAAGAGCUUAUUUCAUGGAGGUUUGUGGCUGUCGUUUUCGAACUAAGUCAUGGGAUUUUGCGGUUUUCAAUAGGUUGGUCGGCGUACCCGAUCUCGGCCGUCUGUCUGUUGGUGAUACUGGCGCUACUAGUCCGCUGCUGUUUAUUCACCGUACUUGUGAGUCUGCUUGUCUUGUAGCUAACUUUCGCUUAGGGCCGCUCGCCUGUCCGUUACCUUUGAACGCGAUAGACAACGGACAGCUGGACCAUUGGUGGUUUAAGGAGAGCAAACAGUCUGACUUAAGUUUAUGUUUAUUUCUAGCUGUCAUGGGCGGCUCCUCCAUCAUUUUGUUCGAACUGCUUUUUCGAAUCGUAUGGACGUUUGGUUAGUUUUCCCAUCGGUGUAAUUUUCCCAAGUUGGUCUCGCGUUAACUUCUAAUGCGUUUGCGCCUAGUAGACGCCUUGCCUUCAGUCUAUGAUUUUCUACAACGUAAUUAUUACCUCCCCCAUUGUUUAACAGUAAACGCGGCUAGGCCGACUAGUGUGAUUGUGCCCCUUAGUUUAAUGUCACUCCCAAUAUGCACUUCCUGUGUGCUUUUCACCUCUUCCGACGAGAGUUCAUUCGUCCUCCCUCACUGUUUAGAAGGCCUUUCGUGUCCAAGCGUAUCAAAUAAAUGUUUCAAACAAGCUUGUCUCUGUACUCCACACAUGUAGUUUGAUUCUAAACCCUCGAAACCAAGCAAACUUCAGUUUUAUCUCAAAAGUUCUCGUUCUUGAAGGAAUGGCUGGGGUCUUUUGUUUUUCUAAGCGCUGAGGGGCCGCAUUGUUCUGAACUAUAAUCUGCACAGUUACUGUCCAUCAGCCCAGUUUUGUAUGCCAACUUAUUUGAGGACUUUUCUCUGAUUAGCAUAGCGGCUCUCUGCUUUAGCUGAUGUUGUGACUACACAACGAAAACCCUUGGCCCAUCGUUGUCCUCAAUGGAUACUCGGAUCUGGGCUGCAUCGGACUGACUGACUAAUUGCCUGUCGUCUUCAUGCUGCGAGUAGACUAGGUCAGAGCCUACUAGUCCUUUUGAUCACGCUUCGCGGUUACCAGUACGACUAAUGUCUGCGUUCGCUGAGCCCCCAUAUGCUUUGCUAACCGCCCCCUAAAAAUGAUUCGCCGGUCUUGUUGCUUUGAUUUACACGCGCUAGUCAGCAUCUACAAUCAUCAGAAUUUUCCUAGUCUUGCGGCGAAUGCCAUUCUUACGGGCAAACAAUUUCAAACAUGGAUAUAGAGGAACCAAGAGAAAAAAUGCCUCAAAAUGUGGGAUGUUUCGUAAUUUAGGCCGAACCUCCAAGACAGACGACACUUUAUUUCCAGCUUCAUAUACGAUCUACUGUCCUAAAGGUUCCUACGACCUGACCUAGCCUGACAACGUACUGAGUAUGCUUGAUGGUUUUCUGACAAGUCGGGUCUUAUCUGUCCGGUACUGACCUCACCCGGAAAAACGGCACAAAUCUCUAUAGAGCGGUUGGUUUUUAUGGAAUUUUGGGCCGUGAUACGCCGGCUGGAAAUAUUGCUGCAAGUAUUAAGCAGUCCUAGACAACAGUGCUCCUUUCAUAUCUUUGGCGUUUAAAGUCAGUGCUAAUAGCCAGUUACGUCUCUAAAAUGUCAUUCCUGCUUCUGCAUAUUGCGUGCGUGAUAUCUUCUCAGCAUGAUACUGCUGGUCCAGAAGCGAGAUCCUGCUAAAUUCGAUAUUUGUGCCUGCAUCCCAAGUCCGUAUAUGUCCCAGCGCCUCCGUCUUGAGUCCACGUCAUACUAACAGGUACAGCGUCUAGGCGAGAGUUUGGUCAGAUGAUGCUGGCUAUACUAAAGCCUUCAUUGGCUGCUCGAAUUGGCAGAGCUUUUAGAAUAUAAAAUAUUGUCCGCCCCCGUUGACGUCACCGUAGACCUACCUAGGGGCAACACGCGAGACUGUUAAUUUUCGCACCUUAUGUGUAAUUGUCUAAAUUGGCCACGUGAGUCCGGCCAAUCCAAUGCUGGCAAAUUUCUUCCAAAAUCCGGUCGUAUACUCUUUUACUCGCAGGCGGCACCAUGCGUCGUUGGUUAAUUGUUUGAACAGUAAAUCUUUCCUCGUACUUCACGAGAAGUGCCGUUCCAAGAGAAGAUGACUUGUUCGUGAAUUGAGUGGUGGUUAAGAAGGACUUGCGCAGCGUCGGUCUCAUUCACUUCAUCUUCGUCCUUAUGCGUCGGGAAAACUUAUUGUAGGCCGUUAAAUAUGAGACUGGACGUUAUGUCCGGCCCGGCCAUCGUCCUGACCUUGCGUGCUAGAAUUUACAGUAAGAAGGGAUCAGGACAACCAAUCUCCUCGUGUCAGUCAUUCUCGUCAGUUGGCAACUUUUCAGAUGAUGAAUUUUAAGGCUGUAUGACAAUUCUGUAGUCAAUGGUAGGGGCGCUCACCGAUCGUUCUUACGGAACUCACUCGUUCCGUUGUGCCUUACGGGCUCUCCCUCGAGCCCAACCCGCAACCGCACAGCGGCGCAUGAUAUAGGCAGUAUGUCAUCACAGACAAAGACAAGGGAGACUGGAAUGGCCAUUUCUGGCUUAUUUGGGAUUCUGUAGGAUUGACUUCCGUAGUCUCUCCCUUGUUCUGGGAAUCACCAUUAACUUUAUAGAUGUCCUAUCAUAUCGACUGUGGACACUGUCAUUACAUAUGCCCCCGAGCGAGCCAUUUGCCUUGUCAGAAAUUACUGGCACCUGUAACUGUGUACUGCCAGACAGACAGCACGAAAAUUUUCCUGUGCCAAUAAUCAUUAAGCGGCACAAAAAUUGCGGUUUCAAGUCGGUUCUCUCGAACUGGAUGAAUAGACGGGUGAGGGUGUGGUUGGUUCAACCCGGUUUCAGAACUUACCCAAUAUAAACAACCAAACUCGUCACAAUUCAUAGUUUAGGAUGCAGCUAAUCGGCCAGACAACCAUCCUACUUGCGGCUGAGGGUCAGCUUUCAAUGGCUCCCUCUUUGUGCAGUUUCUAUAGCACUUGUAUGAGGCCAGAUGUGCAUGUGUAAAAGUAGGGAGCAGGUCGUGUUUAUGACGCGCAGAGCGGUUUGUGAGUCUUUUCCGCAAUCGCUUCUACACCAAUUUCCCGUUAUCCUAACUUUGGCUUGCAAGUGGAAGAGGUCGAGUUUUGGACUGGGGAGCGUAGGUAGAUACCGCUCAGGUUCCCUGACCAUAAAAAGAUCUAGCCUCAAGCUACUACUGCGUUCACCUUGUCGUUUGCAACGGACAAACUGUCGAAUCUCUACUCAAAUCUUCACAAGCAGGAAGGAGCUCCGUGUAGAUGCUGUGGAGUUUAAGGGAAGACGUAAAUGAAUUCGUCUCCACUGGGUUCGUUGCACCAAAGGUGUAAACUUACACAUUCUUUCGGUUAAUUUUACUUCCCUCUUCGUGGUUUAUUUCCUGUUUUAGCGCUCCCCCGUCGGCUGUGCUCCUCCUUAUUGUGAUGCGUGGCGAACAGCGUUUUCAUGCACAUUUUAGUCGUUUCCAACAAAUAAAUUGGAGUAAAAGAGUUUUUACCUUCACAGCUACGAGCCACUUGUUGAGUCUACCUUAUUUCAAUCAACUACUCCCUAUUUUCUGUUUUCUUACCAUCAGACGCGAGUGGAACACAAUCACUCCCCGAAACGUCUCCACUAUGCGCAGACACCCCGCCGACUUCUAACUCGGGACUGGACGAAUGUGACUCGCCGGCCACUUCGGCGCUCCCUAAUCACACUCCUGGCUCAUGUCCAUCUGAUUUAA